AUGUGGAACAUAUUCACCAAUGAAGACUUGUCAUUACACACAGAAAAAAAGGAAGACAAAAAUUUCCAAAAAAAAAAAGGGAAAAAAAAAUUGCCCGAAUUAGUGGGUCACAAAAAUUCCCUAACAUCGUCAAAUCCUCAUGGUUCAUCUUUCACCAAAAAUGACAACAAAAAAUUGAACAAAGCAUAUGAUAUAAAAAUCAGAGAAUUACGAAAAAAUUUCAGAAAAAAGUACAGGAUAGUGCGUACACAGUUACUGAAGAUAAUAAAAAUUGUUAAGCAGUUUCCUGAAAUAGACGUCUCAGAGGAGAAAAGUAGGAAAGAUGAAGUGCAAAAUAAUGACAAACGAGAAUGCAAAAAUAAUGGUAAUGUGGAAAAUACGAACAUCGACAAUAACAUAAGCAAGAAGAAGAAGGAAAUUGGGAAAGAAUUUCACAACGGCAGCGAUAGCCAAGUUGUGAUGGUCCAAGUUGAGCUAAUCAAAAAACUAAAUAAAAUUAUGGAAAAAAUUGAUAUAGAACAACUGAAGGCAAAAAAAAAAGUAAAAACAAAACAAAACAACAAAACUAAAAAUGAAGAGGAGAGGUUAAAAAAUAAUUUAGUCACACAAAAUUUCACAAAUAAGCCUUUUGUUAUAGCUACAAAAAAUGAUUCACACAAAAGUAGCAUAAAUGUAAUGAAAAAAAUUCCAAAAAGAAAUUUUUUAUUGAAGUCAACAAAUAAUUUUCACAAUGUGAAUCAGCAACAUGUGCAUGAAAAUGCAAGGAGAGAGGCAUUAUUAUAUAACGAUCAAAUAAAUUUAAGGAAUGAUUAUUAUCAAAAUAGUAUGAAUUUUCAUAGUAAAAAACAAACUAUUGGUGAUAUUUACCACGACACAGAUGAUAUGGUGGUAACGGAUUUUUACAUGUACUCUUCAACUCUAAAUGCAAAUUCGAUUAAGAAAAAGAAUAAAUCACAAUGGUUCCGAGGAAACUUUAAUAAUGUCCCCGCCAACGAUAAUAAUAAUGGUUAUGAUAUUAGCAGUACUUGUGCCUACGGUGGGAACAGCUACAACUAUGGUGGUUCUAAUUAUGGUUACUCUUUUGGUAAUUACAGACACGAUAGUGGAAAUUACGAUAUUCCCAAUGGUAAUUAUGGAUACACAGGUAGCACUUAUAAUUAUAGUUAUGAAGAUCACAAUUAUAACAGUGUUAAUUAUGCCAGCUGUACAUACUGUAGCGGAAACUACAAUGGCUUUAAUUAUAGCUAUGAAAAAAAUAGCUCUUUAAAAGAAAAAGGGAAAUCUUUUUCUGCAAACAACAAUAACGAAAUAGGAAUUCCAAACAAGGGAUUUUUUAAUCAUAUGGUAUCAUCAUGUACACAGAAAUACAACAUGGGAGAAGAUGGUAUGGGUACCAAUUACGAUUUUCAGAACUCGCCAUGCGUAAUGCAUGGACAUUAUUCACAAUAUAAAAACAAAAAAAUUAAUUUGAAUAAUAAAAAAAAAGGGUAUAAAUUUGCAAAGGAUGAAAAAAUUCGAGGUUUAUUAAGAACAGCAAAAAAUGAAGAUGACUUAGUCAAGGCUAUUGGUUUUGCUAAAAAUGCAGGUCUAUAUUUUGAGGCUAAAUUAGGAAAUAAAAAACUUAGCAAGUUGAAGUUGGAAGGAGAAGAUGAGGUUCCUUCAGAUGUUUAA